CAACGAGGAAAUGGCAGGCAGAUACUCUACAGCGAGAAACAGAGGCAGCGGCAGAGACCACAAAGUAGAUUACAGGGUUAGGGUUAAGCAUGUCAACCGUCGUUUCACUGGGCUGCUCUGAUUGGCUCCUCUUAAUUGGUGCCUAGGGUCCAGACGCGUCUCCACGCGUCUCCCAAACCGGGCCCUCUCGAGGCCUUCAUCGAUCUUGACUCUACGCCGCAGACCCUGGAGCAAUUAACUGGCAACAAAACACGCCGCCGUCACCAUGAAACGACAAGACUUCAACCGCAUCGACGCCAAGAGGCGUAAUGUCGUCGACCACCGCAAGAAGCAGUUUGCAGACCCGACGUACAAGGAAGCGCAGUAUCCCCACCGCCUGAACUUCUACGCGACCCCGCCGACAGCAGACAUCACGCUCGAGCAAUUUGAGCAAUGGGCUAUCGACAGACUGCGCAUCCUCGCCGAGCUCGAGGCAUGCUCCUUCCGCAACAAGACCCUCUCCGAGACGGCACUGCACAUGAAGCCGCUGCUCGACAAGUACAUGCCCCUUGACGCCAACAGCUCCUCUUCUACCCAGCUCGUUGCGCAACGCCAGAAAGACCACUACAGCCACUUUAUCCUGCGGCUGGCAUUCUCGUCCACCGAAGACCUUCGGCGGCGCUUUUCGCGUGUAGAGACGAUGCUGUUCCGGCUGCGAUUGAGCGCCGACGACAUGCGCGAGCGGGCCGCCUUCGUGCAGGGCCUAAACCUCGACUGGGACCCAGUGCCAGAAGAUGAGCUGCGCCAGUUUGCGGCCGAGCUUGCGGCCGUGUCGUUUGGCUACGGCAAGAAGGCCCAGCAGGCACGAGACGAGGAGACGUGGUGCAAGGUAGACUGGGGGCGCGUCCCUGAUCUCGUCGAGAGCCGAAGAGUCUUCUUGAGGGCCGGUAAGGCGUACGUUCCGUUUCGGGAACAGCAGAGCAUGGUGGUAGCCGAGUUCACGACGCGGCUAGAACGGGCAUUGGAGCUCACGGCUCGCGCACUGCCUCGUCUAGAUGAGGAUGACCGCCUCACUCCCAUCCUGAACCACCUGUCCAAGAACUUUGUCGCGCCCGACUCUAACUACAGUGGCGGCAGCACCGCCGUGGAAGGCGCCGAGAUCACGGCGCGUAACAUGGACAACUUAGUACAGCACUUCCCCAUGUGCAUGUCGAGCAUGCACCGGAUAUUGCGCCGGGAUGCCAAACUCAAGCACUUCGGCCGUUUGCAAUACUCGCUCUUCCUCAAGGGUAUCGGGCUCAGUCUCGAAGAGUGCCUCCUCUUCUGGCGGCAGGGCUUCAGCAAAUUGACAGACGACGAGUUCAACAAGGAGUACCGAUACAACGUACGCCACGUGUACGGAGAUGUGGGCGGCGACUCCAACAGGCGAGGUGGCGGAUACAGCCCGUACAGCUGCCAGAAAAUUCUCACGGAGCACCCGCCAGGCCCCGGCGAGACCCACGGCUGCCCGUACCGUCAUUUCAACAUGGAAAACCUCACUUCUCUGCUGCAGUCCUCUGGUAUCUCGGACAGGGCCGUGUUGCAGGGCGUAAAGGAGGACAAGGAUAACCAGAAGUUCCACAUGGCGUGUAACCGCGUUUUCGAACACGUACACAAGACGGAGCUGAAACGGGCCCGAGAUGACGGCGUCCUAACGGCAUCCCAGCUUGAGACCAUUGUACACCCCAACGAAUACUUCAAGCGCAGCUACUUGCUCAAGCAUAUGGGCAAGCAGCAAAGUGGUGGUGACGUGAAGAUGGACGGGUGACAUGCGGCGUGAUACUCCCUUAACCUAUCGCUCCUCGGAGUUUUCCUUCUCGGCUUCCCUUUUCGGCUUGUUGUUGGAAGGAGCAACCACGUCACACAGGCGCCAAAGGCGCACACACCCUUUCCCACUCGUCCAUGCGCACGCUUAUUGAUCUCUUUGGUCGUUUUUGGGAAGGGAUGAGCAUUAUCAUCUGGCGUCCCUUUUCUCACGGUGUACCACUGUCGCUUUCACAUGGGAGCGCAGGAGAGACGUGAAUGGCCCGUUAUUUAUGCAGCAUUUUUGUAUGGAAUAGUUUCUGUUUUCUGUUUUUCUAGAGUUUGGAAAUACCGGCCACGGCGGUGGAGCGUUGGGAUCAUAACGGAGGAAGAAAUUUAGGUGCUUUGGAA